UUGCCAGAAUGUCGGGUUGCCAUAACAACAGCACCCACGAUCGUUUGUUUGGAUUUCGUCCUCGGAGCAGCUAGCAUCCUCCACGAAAUGCGACAAAACACCAACAUCUUGUGGUAAGGUACGAUUCUGAGCGUGUCAGUGAAGGGUUUAGGACCGUAGCAAGGCAAUUACUGCAGUAGAUUGUGCAGUACUCGGAACCUUGCUGAUGGAAACCUAAAUAAUGCAUACCACAUGGCCGCCAGUGCAUCUGACGACGAAAUAUCAUCGAGUGAAAGUGAUCUGCUGCCUGCAGAGAUUCCCGUAAUUCGUGUGGAUACGGCUGACAUCGAUAUUGGAGAAAUCAACAGCACACUCACAGAAGUUCACCAACAAUAUCACAAGUUGCUCCAGAAGUACUCCCGAGCUCUAAACAUAAUAGAUGACCUCAAGUGUCAACUCGCAAUUGAUGGUUGCGCCAAGGUAGAACAACGAGAUACAGAUCCGUUUCACAAACUGUACGAGGAAAAUCGAAGUCAAAUUGCCGACUCCCAUUCGUGGCAAUGGAGUGCGUCACAGAUCAGCGCAGCUUCCAUUGCAGAACCAAGUCCGCUGCACGUUUGUUCACAUGAUUCCGUCAAACAUUCCACGUCGAUUACGCCGUUAUCGGAGGAUAUUGAACAUUCCAGAAAAUAUAUACCCCACGAUGAAAAUGAUGCAGGGUUGCAGUUAUUUACGGAGUUAUUCUCGUCACGUGAAUCGAAUAUAUGUGCCAGCUCAUCAACAUCAAAUAGCAGCUUGUACGACGUAACGUCGUCUGCUCAUACACUGUCUUGUUGCCAAACGCAAGUGGAAAGACCUCUGAAAGGUCACAACAUGUCAUAUUAUCAAAGCGUCGAUGAGCCGAGUCAAGGCAACUUCACAAAGUCGAAACUUGUCGAACAACCAGAAAAGGGGUUCCUACAAGGACAGCAAGGUUGUCACCAAAUUGCUGUCGUAUACCCUGCACAGCGAAAUAUUAAGCUCUGCACCAUGGAAUUCUGCGGACGUCACUCCUGCUGUUGCUGCCCUCAUACUUCACAUUCCCAAAUAGAUGCUAUCAAUCGAAACAAAUCACCAGUUGCUGCAGAAAUUGGUGUCGAUGAAGUUGCUAGAAGCCCGCAGGUGACAAAGAAGUCAAGUAGCCAUGUGACUGCUUCGAAGUUACUCCAAGCCCUACAGGAAGCGGUGAAGCGAGGAGCAGAACUUCGGAAGAGCUCGAAUGAUCUCUUGCACUGCUUCGAGUGAUAUCUGUAAUUAUGUUUUAAUUUUUAAAGUUCAAAUAUCAACAAUAUUUUGGUAACUCAGCUCACUGGAAGACGACGAACAAGUUUUACAAGGCAGAUACUUCUACUGUUGGAUGUUAACUAUUUAUAAUAGUUGUGUUUGCAUUCUGUUACAUGCUGGGCCAGCAGUUACCUUUUUUUUCACCAGCAGGCAGGGCGUGCGGCGAGAGCAGACUUUGCUGCCCACUUGAGCAAUUUUUGCCCACCCCCUCUGGUGCUCCCUAGUGGAGACAAACUGCCUCCACGACAAGCUGUUCUUUUUCACAUGCAGUACACUGUGCCAAAGAUAAACGUAGCUGUGAUGGCUAUGAGGUGUAUUUACUCAAGCGUGCACAUAUUUUAGAUUUAUAUUUUUGUUAUCUUAUAAGCAUAUGUAAGUUCACCAUCUUCUGUUGAACACCAUGUCUAAAUAAAACGCCUGAAACUUUGCUUCUCA